AAAAUAUUAAGGCAGUUUUUUGAUAGUUUGCCUAAAAUGCCGUCACAUUAUUGUCGAAAAGAUUCCACUAAAUUGUACUUGGAACAGUUUUUUCAAACAAAGCAAGAACUUUAUAGGGAGUACAAAAACUAUUGCGACGAGAACGGGUUUUCCAAUCUAAUUUUAAGCAACCCUGUUUUUGACCAAACAUUUUCUGAAUUGAAUUUAGCUUUGUACCAGCCAAAAAAAGAUAGGUGCGAUAUCUGUUGUGGAUUUGAAACCAAAAAUAUCAGUGAAAUCGAAUAUCAAAAACAUUUGGAGAAAAAAGAACGAGCAAGGCAAGAAAAAGACAAAGACAAGGAAUUAGCACAGCAAGAAAAGGUAUACACUUUUUGUAUGGAUUUGCAGGCAGUUAAAAUUUGUCCAGUAGUCAAUGCAAGUAAAAUAUACUAUAAGACAAAGUUAGCUGUACAUAAUUUCACCAUUUAUGAUAUGAAUACUCACGUUUGCCGAAAUUAUUGGUUUAACGAAACAGAAGCCGAUUUAUCUGCACCGACCUUCACUAAUUUUAUAUUGGAUUUUAUUAAAGAUAAAUGCACUAAGAAUAUUCCAAUAAUUUUGUACUCAGAUGGCUGUUGUUAUCAAAAUCGUAAUUGUAUCUUGUCGAAUGCACUUCUAAAUUAUUCAAUUAAAAAAAAAGUACUCAUUGAACAAAAAUAUUUAGAAAAAGGUCACACUCAGAUGGAAUGUGACGCCGUCCACUCACUUAUAGAACGGAAGUUAAAAAAUCGAAAUAUUGAGUUACCAAGUGACUAUGUCAAAUUAACCAAAGAGGCUAGAACUAAGCCAUUUCCAUUAGAGGUUGUAGAUGUAAACCAUGACUUUUUUUUGGAUUAUGCAGACCAGAAAAAUUGGAUCUAUAAUUCAAUAAGACCAGGAAGAAAGGUGAACGACCCAACCGUGACUGACUUGCGACAUUUAAAGUAUAAUUUUGAGACAAAAUUAAUCGAAUAUAAGAUAGAUUUUAAUGAAGAAUUUCAGCCUCUUCCAGUGCGAUCUCUCAAGUAUCCUGAAAUUGAGUAUAAUGUGCUUCAUCAACGCAGACUAAAAAUUAAAGAAAUAAAGUGGAAACAUCUCCAGGAGAUCAAAUGCGUUUUGUCGAAAGACUGUCAUAGCUUUUAUGACAAUUUGCUGCAUUAAGAAUGUUAUUAUCAUGCUUAAGUGAAGUUACGUUGUUUACUUUUGUGUUAAGUGUUACCUAUUAUAAUAUCCUGUAUCGUAAAUUUUUUAUUUUUUUUAUGUUCUAAUAAA